AUGAAGUCUGAGCUUGGGUAUCCGGAGGACCGCAUCGAGAAGAUCAAAAAGUGGGCCAUUGCAAAGCAGCUUGUGAGGCUUUGCGAAUAUGAUGAAGAUACUUUGGAGUAUUGGGUGAAUGUGAGAACAUCUGGCACCCUAUCCCGUGAAGAUUUGCUCACGUUGUCGAAGUCUCGUACCCAUGAACAAGAGACCACUGCAGAUGCUUUUGCACAUGAGCAAGUGGAUUUGAGUGUUGGUGGGUUUCCCGAUUUGGGUGGUGCUGAGCCUGCUCUUGCCACGGAAGGGGACAAGAGCCUAGGGGUGAAACAAAAGCUUGCGAUGUACUUGAAGAAUGGGUUGAAGGCCAAAAAUUCAGUCAGCACCGUGGCUGACAAGAUCCGAGCCUUGGCAUUGGAAGACCAAUCUUGCAAGGCGUUGAGCGAGAAGAUCGAUGCUGAGUUCCUCAAGAUGACGCGCUUUGAGUUAAGCCAGACGGUCGUGCACAUUGCAAAGAUCUAUGGAAAAGGCGCUCCUGCAGCUGAUUGUGUUGAGGAAGCACAGUCCGCUUCAGUGAAGGAUGAUUGCCCAGUCCUGCGUCGCAUCGCCAGUGCAAGGGUGGCAGAUCCUGAUGAACCUUUGUUCAAAGCCUUGAAAGAUUGCGGGCACGCCCUUGAUGUGCCAGUUACAACUUUGAAGCUGGACAACACCUUUGAAUACCCAUGCCUUCACCCACGGGAUUUUGCUGCCAGUUGCAUCAUCUAUUUCUGUGCUAAGACGUUCAAGUCGUCGCGAAUUGGUUUGGCGUUGGAUCAUGUCAAUCUCCUUUUCCGAAAUUUUCUUGCCACAGAAAAAGAACGUGUCAAUUUUAGCAACAUCACAUUUGAACUCUUGGGCUACGAAAGCAGCAGAACAUACCCUAUGGGACACUGGUCCAAAAAUUUGGAUACUGCUGUAAUGAUCAAGUUUGUGGAGCACGUGGCAGCCAACAAUUUGGAUCCUGGAGAUCCUGUUAUGCAGCUCAUAGUGCAGGGAAGCAGCGCUAUAAACCACUUUAUGCGUGUGUUGCUUUCUGCUCCCUAUUGGCUAUGUGAGUCUGAAGCUUGGCAGGCCAUCUUUGCGGGGCAGGAAUUUUUGUCAGCUUUUGCUGGAUUGGCACAGGCUUGCUAUCAUCAGAUUUUGUUGGCCACGUCUCAAGAUUAA